GUACAUACAAACAAAUUAUCUGUUUCCACACUUGAAGCCCUGUAUUUCUAACUUCUAUACGCCUCUCUUGUUUGUACCAAUACCUCUUUGUUAUCUGUCAUUAAUAACAGUCAUGGACGACGACAUUCCAGACCUUGUUGACCUCCAAUCACAACAAGAUUCCUCCUCUCAGAAGACCUCAAUAAAAAAGGUACCCAUCACAAUAGUAACAGGUUAUCUCGGUGCUGGCAAGACGACAUUACUCAACUACAUCCUGACAGCUGAACAUGGCAAAAAGAUAGCAGUGAUUUUAAAUGAAUUCGGCAACACAGCGGACAUUGAAAAGUCUCUCACAGUCAACCAUGGCAACCAAUCCUCCACGGAAUGGAUCCCUCUCGCCAACGGCUGCAUCUGUUGCAGUGUCAAAGACAGCGGUGUCGCCGCCUUGGAAUCUCUGGUCGAACGUCAGCAAGACUUUGACUACAUCCUACUCGAGACGACUGGUGUAGCAGACCCCGGCAACAUCGCUCCGAUGUUUUGGAUGGACGAAGGUCUAGGAAGCAGCAUAUACCUCGACGGUAUCGUGACCGUCGUCGACGCGAAGAACAUCCUGAAAAGCCUUGACGAACCUACACCUGAGGAACUGCCGGCGUCAGAGAGCGAAGGUCGCGCCCAGCACGACCACGAGAAGUCUCCUCUGUUGACGACGGCUCACCUACAAAUCUCCCACGCCGACGUCAUCAUCCUCAACAAAACCGACCUCGUCUCCACGACCAAACUCUCCGAAGUACAGGCAAGAAUAACAUCGAUAAACGGUCUCGCACGCCUCCUCCCGACAAGCCACUCGCACGUCGACUCCUUGAGUGGCACCGUCCUAGAUCUCGACGCCUAUUCGACGUUUCCUACUACCUCGACCUCCUCGCCGCCCAAAACGGCACCGACCCCGGACUUCUCCUCAAAGGGUCAUUCACAUCUCGAUCCGACCAUAUCGACGCUCACACUCGCAUUCUCUUCUCCCUUGGACCCGCCGAAACUCUCGCACCUGACAUCCUGGCUCGAGACCAUCCUCUGGGAAGCCGAGGACGACCAAGCCGACCAAGCCCGCAAGUACGAAAUACAUCGCACAAAGGGACUCAUCCCGCUCCUCGACGGCACGGUACGGGUCAUCCAGGGCGUCCGCGAGAUCUUCGACAUCAUCGAGCCGCCCAGACCCACCGAGGGAAGCGACGCCCCGCGGGACGGAAAGAUUGUCUUUAUAGGACGAAACCUUGACCUACUACCUCCUUUUUCAGAAUCACAGGUCUCUGGAUGAAAUUUCUAAAUCUUUUGAUCUCGAAAUCGGAAAUGACCGGUCACUGAACAAAAAGCCGCGCUGCAUCUACAUACCUGAGAGGCGGCGGCGGGGCGUCGUCCUCGUCACAGAGUCGACAACAGAAGACUUUGACGAAUUAUUACCAAAUACUUGCACGUAAUGCAAGCACCUCGAAAAACAAAACACCCUCGUGGUCCUCGUCUACUCCACAAUACAGCGAGCGCGUUGGUGGGGGUCUCAGCAGUACAUCGUUAAAGGGGAGAUCUUUGGUUUACGAAUACAAAACUAUAUUAUUCGAACACCUACACUCACACUUGCCCGCCACCCGGCCGGCUACAACGCACGUGCACAAUGAAGCAAGUCAAGCCUUCGGAUGAGAAAGAAGAAGCUUUCGAGUCACGAUUUUUAAGAUCUAAG